AGAAACCCCUAUAAGUUGAAGGUGCCAUUUUUGCGUUUGCAUAUUUUCUCUGGCGAAAACAGUGGAAUGAUGCAAAACUACAGUAAUUCCUUCGUUCUCCUCAAAUUUUCUUCUCUAUCGAUGGAUUGGCUGAGCUUCGCUGGAUUUACAUUUGAUCAGCCUGGAUGAUCAGUUACGAUGUAUAGACGGAUUUCUUCUGCAAUUUACGGAUAGGAUUUUUUGUCCGUAUCGCUUCUACACGAGGUGGAAUUAGGGUAAUAUCAGUAAUUUCCGUAUUUCUGCUACAGUUGCUGGCUAGGUUAUUGUUCGAAUUUCAUCAAUGAACAGAUCGUUGGUUUUACGAGUUAAUUUUGUGGAUGUUUCUUCGGUAAUAAAUAAUUUGGUGACUUACGCUGUAGUUGCUAUGAGUAUUAGAUUCCACAGCCUUAAUUCGAAAUAUGUGCUGCAGUUCUUGUCAUCCUCGUUAUUGAUUUGUGUCGCUUCGUCUUGAAUUUGAUUUAUUUUGAAAAUGAUUCAUCAGGUAUUCUGUGAGUGAAAAGAUUUGUAUACAGUUCAAUAGAAAAACUAAUUUUCAAUUUUCUUAAUGUGCAAAAAUUAAAUAAUUUGUGCAUUUGAAAAUUUUAAGCUUUUUUUGUUUCUCUUUAAAUAUGCUGGUAUGUUUAAUGGUAAGCCUAAUGUUUGGUCCCUGUGAUGAUUAGAUUGAGUUUAAGGACGAGGACUUAACAAACUCUUCAGGGGUUUAUGUGGACUGUCUUAUAAAAUAUCAAAUAAUUUCAUGCCCUUGUCGACUUGACCAAAAGAAUAUUGUCCAGUCUGUCUUCUUCCAUUUCAGAAUACUAACGUUGCCACGUGUAAAUGUUUCUUUUUUAUGUUUAAUGCUUUUCUUUCUAACAAAAAUUUCCAACAUUGGCAUUAUAGGGAAAUAUACCCUACGGUUUUUAAACAAGUAUUUGUGUUUGUCAGUCGAUUAUGUGGACAUUUCAAUAUGCGGAAGAGGAACUUGUGCCUCUGGAGGAUGUAGUUAGAAGAAACAGUCAUUUUAGGAUACGGCUUUUAUUUCUUGUAAAUUGUAGGAGAACAUAUGCAGUAGCUAAAGCUUUUCUCAUUGUUGUUGGUUAUUUCCCUUGAGGGAUAGUAUCCCAUGUACUUCAUAAACCUCCGACCACACUUCGUAAUGAAAAAUAAUUUUACCUCCUUAUUAUUGUUUGCAUAUCUAGGGCUUGUGAGUAAAUCAGCUAAAAGUAUGAGAUUGUGUGCUUGGGGGGCUUAGGUUUUCGUAGGCCAAACCCACUUAUUUUCCUCACAUGUGUGUGCAUAGGCCUGCUCUGUUUUAAUUUUUUUUUUUAUCAUUUUUUGUUUUCCAUUUCUUAGUUUAUUUUAAAUAUGUAUGCCAGUCUCUCUUCACCUCAUACGCUUGAAAAUCCUCUCGUCUUAUUUGCUCUUGACAUCUCACGUGGUGCUUUUCUUGUUUUUUCUCCCUAAUAAUUAUUUGAAGAAGGCCUGUUUAUUUCUGGGGAUGCUUUUCUGAGUGUUGAAUAACAGGAUCAAGCUUUAUAUUAAUCCACUUAUUUAUUUUUCUCUCUUUUCCCAGAUUGUAUUCUUCCUGAUAUUUGAUACCUUCACUAUAAAUGAUACAGAAUCAUCUAUUUUAAUUCAACUAUAGAACCUUGAGUUAGUACUUGAUGGUUGGAAAAUAUGAAAAAUGGGAUAGCUAGGUGGUUAAAGAAAAGCAAUAGAGUGGCAAGCAAAGGGUUUUAGAUGUAAGGGUGCAAACUUGAACAUGACCCGUAACACAAGCCCGUUUGACUUGAAAAUUUUCAAGUUUGGGUUUGGGUGUUCGGGAUUUUUAAGAAAUCAGUCAACCCGAAAUGAAAAAAAUAUAUAUAAAUUCAAGCUUGAUCAGAUAAGUUUUCGGGUUGACCUAAUAAUCUGAAAUAUAAAAAUCAGGUCAAUUCACCUGAUGAUCCAAAACCUAGCCCCGAUUUCGACUUGAUUUUACAUCAAUAAUUUAUUAGUUGUUUUCUACUUUAUUUCAAAUUAAAAUUAUAUUAAUAUAAUAAAAUUAUUGAUAAAUUAUAUAGUAUUAUAUUGCUAUUUAUUUUUUAAAAAUAGAACUUAUGUUAUCCAUUCCCACUUGUCUGUUAUAAUCUUCUUCUUGACCUCCAUCUUCCUCUUGGUAAUUUUUUUUUAAUGAAAUUUUUAAUUAAUUAUUUUUUAACAAAAUAUGUUUUCAAUUUUUUAAUUUUUUCAUAUUUUUUGGUCUAUUUUGUGUCAGUUUCGUAGUUUCAAAUCUAUUUCAUAUCGGAUUGAUCAGGUUCGUUCUGGUUAUCAAGUAACCCGAAAUAAAAUCAUAUUAACCUGAACCUGACUCGAAAGAAUUCAUGACAUGUUCGAGUUUAGAAUUUUGGGUUUUAAAAUCGGGUUCAGGCUAGCAAAUUUUUUGUUAUACCCAUAGCUUAAUCUGACACAAAUCUGACCUAAUAACACGAAUUGACACCCCUACUUAGAUGUAACAUUCUAUUGUGCUAAGAAGUCAAGUGUGGGCACUGAUUUAUGUUCGGUAUAUAUAACGUGUGUUGCACAAUAUUAGAGUGACAUAAUAGAGGAAGACAUGAGAUAAACUUGAUAUUGCAUAUCAAUGGUGAGUGCCAAAGCCCAAUGUAAUAGGUUGUAAACAAUUAUUGUCUAAUUACCUUUGACUAAAUGAAUCUAUGCUUAAUGAAAUGACGCAAAACUACUAGUAUUAACAUCUUUGAGACAAUGAUUUGCUUUAUGUUAGAUUUUAGAGUUUCCCCAAGGCUGGUGAAAUGAAAUACCCACAUGAAUAGCAAUUAGAAAAUAGUUAUUCAAUUUGCUGCAGCAUCUUAUUUUGGAAUCUCAUGUACAUCUAGUAUUGGUCUGACUAAAUUCUGUUUCUCAUUUAUUGUGUUUUAGUUAAGAAGGAAAGUAUGAAUUAAAUUUGUUAAACUAUUAUGUAUGUUGGAUUUAAAAUAUUAAUACAUUUUAUUACGUGUUUCAUUUCCAUAUAUUUCUUCUUUCUUCUUUUCAUACACAAUUUUCUAGUAUGGAAAUAUGCAAUUGUGGCAGGUAUGGGAUGUUCAAUUCUUCUACGUAAGCAAUUGCUUGAAUUCUUCUUGUUUAAUGAGAUCAUUUCUGGAUUUUUUGUAAUGGGGAAUGACAUAUGGCCAUUGAUGCAAAAGACAAUGGUUUUUGGGGGCACAUUUAAUCCAAAAUGGGAACCUUCCAUUGUAGAUUAAAAAUACUUCCUGCAAAAUGAAAUGAAGCUACCUAAUGCAAUGUUUUGAUGAACCGAGUUAUGAUUUGGUGAUAAAUAUCUUUAAGGUAUCCUUACUUAAAUGGCUCCUUCAUUUUCUUGUGAAAAUUAUUGUUAUAUUCUGUCUUUGUGUGCCACCUUCAUCUACUCUGCUGAUAUGAGAUAAAUUCUUUUUGAGAACAUGUAUGAAGGUGUGUUCUUUUGGAGUGUUGUUUUGGUCUUUUGCUUGAAUAGUGGUUAGGAUGAGAUGUUCCAUGAGAAGAAAUAUUGUAUAUUUAUAGUGAAUCGCGAUUGUUGCAUGGUAAAAAUACAAAACCCAAACUUCAAAAAGAAGUGUUUUAUGCCGUUGUGUGUCAUUUAAGCAUUUGCCAUUAAAGAAUUGGGAUGAUAAAAGAUUGAAUAAAUCGCAUUUUAGGUCCUUACAGGUGCAUGCGACUCUUCGCGCUCAUAAAUGCUUAAAUUACACUACAUUUGCUGACUGGAGGCUGACGUCAAUGCAGCCCCCACUAGUCCUUCCAAUGUUCUGCAAAUUUGAAACGACAUUUGUACGCUAGUAAUAAAAUUUUUAGGUAAGGCUGAUGGGGCACGUGUCCUACAGCUUUAUGCAGACAAUGUGGCUAUAAAUAUGUGUAGGAAAAUUUUCAGAAACAAAAUUUAGGGCAAAAUCAGCGGCGGCGGCGGCAGCAGCAGCAGAGGCUUGUGGUUUGCUUUCGCUCAGAUUAGAUUGUAGAAUAAAUCAUCCAUCUGCGAUUGAGGAAUGGCCAUUGAUUAGAAGAAAGGUUGGCUUUGCACCUUCUCAACGCAAUUUAAAAUUUCAGAUCUAACAGUUGGCGAGUGGUUGAUCAUUGUGAGCAAACUUUUUUGUACUUCACCUCCGAGGGUCUACUUUUAGUGUUGGAAGAUGGCUAUUAUCCGAAAAUGUCAUGAAAUCCGUGGAAGGAUGCCUAGGACUGAGGAACCUGUGCCUAAUAGGGCUAAUGAAGUGGAUGGGAUUGACCGGCUUAGUAGUUUACCGAAUGAAAUCCUCUGUCACAUCCUAUCAUUCCUCCCGACAAAAUAUGCUGUUGGCACUGGUAUUCUGUCGACCCAGUGGAAAGAUUUGCUGCCAUUAGUCCAUAAUCUUCGAAUUGUGUUAGAUGACACUGAAAGGAUAGUCCCAGAGUCGGAUGCAGACUGGAACCCAACCAGUUUCAAGGAUUUUGUCGACAGGUUGCUAUAUGUCACUCUGCGUGGAAGCCCGUUAAAGCCUUCUGUAGAAUCUUUCAAUCUAAGGUGCUGUAAUUUCGAUGAUGGCCAAAAGAUCAGUAGAUGGAUCGAAGCUGCUUUAGAUCUUAAAGUCAAGAAGAUGGAUCUUUGCAUUCACCCGGAUGUGGAUCCCGAAUAUUUCAUUCACAGUCUCUUCGGUGCAAACAUUGUUUCUCUAAACUUGCAGCUUGAUUAUGGUGUCAAUCCCGAUGAAUUCAGGUUCAGUCUACCGAAUCUUGAGGAGCUUUCUCUGACCAGGUUCAAUGCUGUUAAUGCCCUUAUAGAAUGCUGUCCUAAGCUUAAAGUGUUGGUAUUAGACCACUGCUACGUGCCCCACAACUCCUUUGUUCGGGUUUUUGUUCCGAAUCUUACACUGCUAAAGGUGUACAACACCUUACCGCAGCACAUCGGUGGAUUCGAGCUCCGUACUCCAAACCUCGAGCAUUUCUUGUUCAAAGGCCUCGUGCCUAAUUACGUUAAUGUAAAAGAAAAGCUUGAUUGUCUGAUCGGGGCUCGUCUUGAUCUUAAUCCAUAUAACGAGCCCCAUCAUUAUAAUGAGUUCAAUGAACGAGCCUUCACACUUAUCAAAGCCUGCACUAACGCAGUGAACUUGUCGCUGUCGGGAGAAGUCGUGAGGAUGCUCGCGCGCAGCGCUCGUCCCCUCCCGAGGUUUCCGAAACUGUCUAGCCUGUUGAUCCCGAAUAUCGAUGCUUUUGGGUGGACUCUACUGCCGACGUUUCUCAACUGUGCUGAUAAAUUAAUGAACUUAUAUUUAGAGAUCCCCUGUGGAAACGGCCGCUUCAAGGUUUUCAUUGCUUAUCUCGACGGAUCAGUGAGUGUUGUCCGUGUAGGUGGCCCCCAGCGACAUGACGGAAUAUAGAGAGCGGUGUUUGUGGAUUGUGAUUCGUAAUGCCGGACAAUGGCUGGGACUGCCAUUGCUCGAAAGGUAAGAGUUUUUACAGACUUCGGUUCAUUCUAAUAAAGAACUUUGCGUACUAUCAGCUUGCUUGCUUGCAUAUUGAUGCUGAGUAUUUCCGUUCGUGGAUUUGAUUUCCGAGAGUUUUAGACAUUUGUUGGUGAAUUUGACGCUUGACAUUUUCGGGAUUUGUUUGUUUGUAUCUUAUCCGGUGGAUUGUCUAUUGACUAUGUUUUGCUUAGAUGCAUUAUGUUGGGUUGAGUUAUUA